UGCUCCUCUGUGUACCGUGCGCGUGGAAAUCUGUCUGAAGCGAGGAAUGUCGGAGGAAGGCGAGGGUAUGGACCGAAGGUGUCGCAGCGUCACAUAACAGUACACAGCAUUGACCUGUGAUGGCCCCGAAGCAUGCGAUUGGGACGUUGCAAGCGGCAUGAGAAGCAGAGUGUUUGCCUUGGUUGACAGCUAGGUUCGGCGCAGAUGGACGACACCCUGGAAUAUGGUGUUGAUCAUUGCGAGUUGCUACUACUAGUAGAGAGGAGAGCGAAAUAAAACGCGGCGCAGGAGGUUCUCGGAGGACAGAUGCUGCGUUCACUGGCACACCAUUGCAGAAUGCCAGCCAGUGCCGGGAUCAGGGUAAAUCUGCAAGGACCGUACCGGCGUCGCUGCUAAAAUUUAGGCCCUGGUCGCGUUCUGGCGGGCGUGGCUCUGAGCUAAGAUGGACAUGAUCAAGCGCGGCCGCUUAGCUGCAGGAACUGGCACCGCCGAUUGGGGGUGAGCUGACAGAAAGACUGGACUACAAUUGAGCCGCAGAGAACACAGAGAGAGCCAGAGUGCCAGUGAAUUGAGGCCCUCACUGCUCGAUUGGUCCUCCCAGUCGUUUGAUGCUGAUUACCUAGGUAUCGUCACCAACGAGCUGCUCCAUACUGAGGCGGCAAGCCCCCGAAAAUGAGGGUCAAAUUGGUUCAACAGUCUUUUCUUUUGGUCUACAGACUGCGGCCUUCUCCAAUCCAAAAAUCGUCGGUUGCGUUUAUCGCUUCAGCAACGAGCAUCCUGAGCCACUCAUGCAACAUCAUCCCGUUUCUCUUCUGCAGCCACUUUCCACGUUCCUACUGCAGGGUCGCUGAAGACCACCAUUCUACACGAGCUCCCUCCUAAUUGGCCUUCCGGCCUGUCUUGUCACCCAAGGUUCGUCUGCGAGCUUGUGAUCAUCACAGGCAUUUUAUGGCCGGCCUCUCAGCCGGAGUCAGUUACUGGACGCCUCACAGGAUCCCAGCACGGCACGCUCUACAUGAUCGACCAAUUCGAGCUCAGGCUUAGAGAGACCCCGCCUCUGUGCAACCACAGCUGCAUAUGAACUUCUCGAUUUCUGCACGUUCGCCUAUGGCUGCAAACUCCUCCUACCACCCUCGAGAACGGGAAGACCUAAGCGAUCCACACCUCCAGGACUCGUUAGUUGACAAAUGGCCGGAGUCGUGUUGUGGAAGCCAAAUAAUAACUCAAAAAACAUUUCGAGAGGGUUCUCUAGUACUGUGCUCUGAAAGGUAAGAUUCCAUACGGUAACAAUAAAGUUCCUGAUGGAACUAUCCGUUCCGCACACUCCAUACGGGACGAGCACAAGCAACAGGAGAAUUUUCCGCAAGUGUGGUAACGCCAAUCUUUUUGGUGGCUUGGAGCCGCAACUCUCCCCGCUGCUGGCUUCUUGGACAAUCUACUCAAGCUGGUUAGUGCGUCCGCGCGGAAGACGAAGGCCAUGUCCCUAUCUACCCCUGCCGCAGAAGCGAGCACGGCAUUCUGUUCUGGGUCUGCGAUGGUAGAGCCCCGUGCACUCCAUCGAGUAUCUUCAUCAGCCAGCAGAGUAGUACGUUACGGCUUUCCUUCGAACAGAGCGCUCAAGACUCUCGGCUGGUACUUUCGGGGCUCAAGUAACCAGUUCUCCGGCGUGGAUGAGGAAUGUCGGGAUUCAGGGGUACCGUCUACCUCGAAUACUACCACAGUAACCCGAAGUGCCCCAAACCUCAUCCGGAGGAUCCCUGACAGGGCGCAGUGUCCCGGAAGGCGUGGUCCUUUCCUGGCCUAUUAUCAAGCUAAGUCCAAUUUCAUCAGCCCUUUUUCCUUUGGCCAAGUCUGUAGCGGAAUGAAUGCUCAAACGACCGGGACUGCUUGUCCGGAAAAGAUCUGCUGAAGCUUGAUGGAGAGAAAUGUCACAUCGUACCUAGAGUUCGACCGACUCCACCUUUUAUUAUGGAAAGGGUAUAUACAUGGGUCAGGUAUACGAGACCCUCCUCCAAGAAAGCAAUGUUCCUCGAUCAUGUAAGGACGCUUGAUCCCUGUCGCCUGCCUGUGGCCAAAGAAUCCUGACCGGGAUCCAACACUUUGAGACGAUUUCCACAGUUGAAGGGCUUGCUCUCCUUGGUUGGUGGGUAAGAGAGCCCAGAUUGGACAAUGCAGUGAUAUAUGUCCACAGCUUGCCGAACAUGGCCUCCACUUGAACCACACAAUUGGGCACGAGCAGCCAAUCUGACCCCGGAUCGUCACUGGCAGCAAGGCUCAAGGCAAAGUCGAGCAGCUGGAACCGGCAGCUCCCUCGGAAUCAGCCUCAUAUAAGAAGAAAUCAUCGAUGGCCAGCAGACCGAAAGUCCUAUUCCCGACCAGCCAGGUUGUUCUUCCCCUUGGACAGUCUUCACGAUACCUUGUUGCAAUAUCUUGACAUGUCGAGCGACUCGGCGCAGAUAUAGACGGACACACGUCAAGCUCUGCGAGUGCCGCACUUUCACAGUGUUUUUUCUCAUCCUGGAUAUAGACAGACAUGUCAAGCCAGCUCCACAGCCGACUUUCAUGCUUUUUCGUUCCCUUUUCCAUGUGAUAUACACCCACGAACAGACAGACGCCCAGUUACAACAAAAGCAGGCCACAGAUUCAUCAUCUCGAUAUAGAUUAUCUCGC